GCUCUUGAGUCUUGGUUCUACCACCAUAUUGUCCUCUAGCAUCUGGCCAGUGAUUUGAUUUGAUUCUUGUCUUGCACCUUUACUCUUUACAUCAAGUCCAUUACUAUAUGUCUUUCUUCUAAUAGUCGCUCAAUUUCAAGAUGACCGUGAAACUAUUCAACCCGUCUACGAUCCAGCGGCCAAAACUGCUGUUCAAAGCCAUGAGCAAAGCACGCCACGCUAAUACGGAGGUUAUUCGUGCUGCGCUUACAAGCGGAUUUCAAGGUGUUGACAUCUCGUGCUUCAGUUUGUGGGAAAAGCGCGUAGCAGAGAGCAUAAGGAUGCUUGAAAGACGUCAUGGUUAUUCUAAGGGAGAAUUUUAUUUGCAGUCGAAGUUUGUUCCAUCCAUUCAUCAACCUUCUCCAUUUCCCUUCACAUAUGAUCCAAUGGCAAGCAUCGAUGCACAAAUACGGGAUGCAUUUUCGCACACUUUGAAGUUCUUUCGGGUUGACAGCAUCGACUCAUAUCUCCUUUACUUGCCUUUGGAGCGAAAUUCUCGCACCAUAUCCGCGUGGAAGACUCUUGCAGAACUUCAAGAUGAAGGAAAGAUUGGGCGUAUCGGUGUCUGCAUAGAACGUCCUAAAGAGGUGGAUGCCCAAGUCAUUCUUGACAUGCUGGAACAAGAAGGCGGAAGAAAAGCACAAGUCCUCCAGCAUCUAUGGCCGUCUAGCAAGGUAGUCAAAUAUUGUCACGACAACAACAUAUCAUUGCAGCGAUUGCAUGAAAGUCAAUUCAUCAUCGUGCCAGGUCGUCCGGCACAUCAUGCGUUACGAAUACUUGCGAAGCGAAAGGAUUGGACUUUUCUUCAAGCUCGCCUUCUGUUAUCCAUAGCGAAUGGGUCAACGCCCGUCGUAGCCAUGCAAGAAUUAGACCGCAUUAAAGAAGCUGGGCAGGCCAUCAGCAUAAAUCUAGAUGGCGAAGACGAAAAGGAACUAAGACGAAUUAGUACCUUACCUGGAUUGGUUUAGUCACCCAUGGUCUUCUCUCGGACACCACAGAGCGUUGACGAGCCUAUGUGACGCCUGGAGAAUGCCUCAACCAACCUGCUUCGUCCUUGACCUCGUCGACUUCGACUUCCAAAUCUUGGACAGCUGUGACCAAGUCAACAGGACAUACAGACAGCAUGGUUAAGGUGAGCCUUCAGAGGCUGUGGGAAGCCGCAUUCCAUGUCUUGCAAGGCUCAGGGAGUCUCGAAUGUUUUACCAGCGGCGAUCGAGGAGGUCAUUUGCAUACCAGAUGUAGUUCUUCAUGUGGCACAAGUUACUGGAUUGAAUGUAGCCUCAAUGCUCAUGUUGAUCUCAUGAGAUGUUUGAAGAUAUCCUUCAGCUCCUUACAAUGGCUAACGAUAGCAGGUUGUCCCAAGGGAAGGCUCUUCUUUGCUUGAUAGCGUACAGCAACUAGCCCAACAUACAUUGCUCUACAGCAUGACGAUAUGGAAACCUAACGCAUAUCCGUAGAGACUGACUCAGUAGAGAAUAAACUUUACACAACGCU